GACUCUGGGCAACCUGAGGGGUGCCUACGAUCGUUUGCCCUCGAAGACGGUCAACGCUGGCCCUAUCACCCAGAGGCUGGUCGAUGCUCUUGCACAGGAGAGGCUCUUCAACCUCAGCGGCACGGCUCGCAACAUGAGGAUGGUGGACCAGGCCGAUCGUGUGCUUUGGGCUGCGAGGUGCCAGGUGAUUGCGGAAGGGCUGUGGCGCGGGGCCGAGAAGCAGCACAUCCUGGAAGAGGCGAGAGCCAAGUCCAAGCGCUUCGACCAGGAGCUGGUCAACGAGAGGAGGAAAGAGUGGGCAGCCAAGUUGGAGUCGGCGGCAAAGGGUGCGGCAGGUGGCCUUCACAGGCUUUGCAAGCCAGCUGAGGUCUGGCGACCACGGCGGGCGGCAUCCGCCGCUCAUUCCGCCGACCCUUUGCAGGCUGCUCAGUACGCGCUAGACGAGUGGAACAAAGUGUGGCGAGCGGGAGAAGAAGUGCAGAAAGCUCCCAGGCCCUGGGAGUUGGCGGCACGUAUGGAGCUGAACGAUUUCAACGACGGGGCCUUCGAACGGCUAAAGAAGGUCGCUCGCAGUUUCAAGAAGAAGACGGCGAUAGGAUCAGACAGGUGGCGCCCGUCUAUGUUGCAGGGCGCCUCGGACGACGCGCACUGGACAUUGCUCGCCAUCCUGCGGGAGGUAGAGAAGACCCUUGUCUGGCCGUCGCACGCGGCCACGAUGUUUUUUUUCCUCAUCCCCAAGAAUGAGCUGGUCGACCGUGCCAUCGGCCUCCUGCCCACCCUGGUGAGGGUCUGGGAGAUCAUGAGGGAGCCGUACUUGCAGGACGCGGCGUGGGAGGUUCUUUUGGCUCACGAAGCGGACGCCCCUGGGGGCGCUGAUCCUGCAGUCACUGCCACGAUCACGGCGAUCCUGGACCUGGCGAAGGCCUUCGAGAGGGUGAGUUUGCACGUCCUGUGUGGGCGGGGCAAGCGCAUGGGCUUUCACACAGGGGUUCUGGCGGUGGUAUGCUCCUGUUUUGCCGCGGCGCGACGUGGACGUGUCAGCGCGGGGGGCGCGGUGUCGCUCGAGACGCGCACGGUGUGCACCAUCAUUGCAGGCAGCAAGUUCUCGGUGGGUUUCCUUAAAAUGGUGAUUCAUGAUACGGUCGACGGUUUGGUGGUUGAGCAUCCGCUGGCAACGUGGCGCAUGUACGUCGAUGACCUCAGCAUCAGGCAGAGGGGUGCGCAGCAGUGGGUAGCCGAUGUUUUCCCGCUGGCGAUCGACGACAGCAUUGCGGGUUUUGCUGAGCUGGGCUUGGAGUUCUCCGUGGGUGCAAAGGGCAAGGGCACGGUCAUGGCUAGUACCAAGUGGCUCAGGGACGCCGUGCAGGGCGAUAUGAGCCAGAGGGGGUUGCCAGUUGUCCGAGCCUGCCCAUGCCUGGGGGUCGACUUGGUUUCCAGCGGCACGGCGCUCAAGGCAAAGAGCGGCAAGCGUUUCGCCAAGAUGCGGAGGCGGACGGCCAGGUUACUUCAGCUACGGCGAGGAGGUAAAGGAAUGGCAAGAGGCAUGGGAUUGGUGUAUAAGUGCGGGCUGAAGCGGUCGGUGUUGCAUGGGUGCAAGUGCUUGGGCAUGCCAAAUCACCAGCUUCAGCAAGUUUGUCGCGCCGCAGGCAAGCUUCUCCCAGGGCCCAGGGGGGCGAAGAGCCUCACUUUGCAGCUGGCCCUCGCGAAGGAGGAGCCCGCGUGCGAGAUCACGGCCGCUCCUGUGGUUCGCUGGGCACGCGCUGUGCGGGAGCUCACGGUGGGAGAAGAAGCGGCGAGAGCAGCGAAGUGGGAGGCCCAACAGGGGCACCAUGAAAGACCUGAUCGGCAACACACAGGGCCAGAGGCUGGUGUGCAGACCCUCACUCACCCCCACACCAAUGGCACCUUGCUCGCAGGGAGAGGUGCUGUAGGUGAUGUCGCUGCUCUGGAUGAAGCACUAGGUGUCUGGGCGGCGCUGUGGAUCACCGACCUUCGCGGGGUGGACUACCCAGACGUCGACGACUGGCUUGAGUGGGCGACCGUGCUUGUGGGGGUGAGGUGCGAGGGGGCCUCGCAGGCAGAUAUCGCAGCCACUUGCAGACGAUCGUGGGCUCGGGCACGAUGGAGGCGAGCGGCGGCGAUCAGGUACAUCAAUGACUUGGAUUACGUGGGCCGAGUGGAGGUGCUGAAGCAAUGCAGAUACGAGCGUGGCGCGGUGCAGCAGGUACUCCGACGUCUGCUCGGGGACAGGCUGCGACGGGCGCCUGACGAGUGCCACAACAUCGGCAGCCUCGGCGGGUUGCUGGAUCUUUUCGCGCAGGCGGGACGGCAAUUGGCCAUCUCGGAGGAGCGUGUCAGCGGACGGCGGCGGGACCUCGGCGAGCGUGAAAACUUGCAGGAGCAACUCCAGAGGGCGUGGAAGCAGCGGCAAAUCGCAGUGGGCAUGCAGCCGCAGUGGGGGCGUGUCAAAAUCCCCGCAGGUGUUGUCAUCAUGUCCAUGCGCAGAGCUGGGUGGACGCGGCCGAAGUGGCACAGUUUCCUGAUGCGCAAUGGGGAACAGCUCAACCUAUUGGAGACCUGCCCCAACGACGUCGGGAUGUUAUUGCAGCAGGACCUGGAUGCACAGCUGCGGGCGCAGUGGACAGCAGAGCCAGGGCACGAGAGCUUGGCGCCAGCACCUUUCUUGCAGCCCGCUAGGGCGGUGUUGGGGGCCAGGAACUUCCCGAAGCAUGCGAAGAGCGCAGCGAGGAAGGUGCUCAUAGGCGACUCCUGGACCAUGAGUAAGCUCUUUAAGCACAACAUCACGCCGACGGACAUUUGCUUGGCGCGUGGCGAGGACGUGGGCACGCCGCAUCACAUGUAUUUCGUCUGCCCGAAGCUGCGCGACGUGCGGAGCAAUGGGCAGGCGGACUGGCAGCGCGUGGCGGAGCAGCAGGUCGACAGCUUGUUGUGGGCGAGGGGGCUGGUGAGAGAUCCGUCGGUGGACUGGCAGUUUCGCACCGUUACGGAGGAGCAGUACCACUUCGUGGUGAACGAGGGCUCCGAGGCUCACCUCACGGGCGACAUCGUUUGCGACGGGCCGGAGAUGGGCGGCAGCAAGUGGGCGCAGGCUGGGUGGGCAGCUAUGGCGAUCAACGGCGAAGGUGCGCCAACUAUCCAGCUCUGGCGCCCGCUGCCGUGCCAGUACAGUGUGCAGAAGACGGUGAAGCGUGCGGAGAUGUGGGCCUUCCUCAAGGUUUUGGAGGUGGUGAUGCCACCAUGCAGGAUCUACACCGACCACCGGGGGAUCGUCGACGGUCUGGCUCGAGGUGCUCGGUGGCGCCUCUCCUGGAAGCGGCCGCACGCGGACUUGUGGCGGAGGAUAUGGUACAAGGCCACGAUCAACAGGCUCGAGGUGGGCCAGCAGGCCAUCGCUAGGGGUAACGCUGCCGUUGACCUCUUGGCGAAGUGCGGUGCCGAGGACGACUACGGUUACGGCAGGCAGGAGGUGCUCGAUAGGCUCGGGGAGAAGGUCAAGUGGGCCAUCCAGAACGUCGGGUGGUGGCACCAGCAGCUGAACGGAGAGUGGCCUGACGCCCCCCCACGGCCGCCUGGGCCUAGGCGCAGGCGGCAGCAGCAGCCUCACAUCCAGCUGACGAAGCACGAGGUGGAGCAGCGUGGGCGGUGGCAAGUGCACGCGGC